AUCAACGCAGCGCAGUAACAAUUGUAAAGCGUAAUAACAAAAUUCGCCACCGGGCGUCAUUUGCUAGUCGCCUAUCGAUUCCUGUCAGCGUGCCAGAGCAUUCAAAGUGCAAAUCACAUCUAUUUUUGGAGUUCGAAUAUAUUUCGAAUAACGCUGCAUUUAGUGUUAAUUACGCCGUAAGUCAUCUCGGCGGUAAGUUGCGUCGUGGCUUUCAUGUGGAGACAUGUAAAGUGUUUGUAUUUUUUGAGGUUAGGCCCUUACUGGCUGCAAAAAACCAAUGAGCAAAAAUGAGUCUACGAAACGAACAGUUGCCACCUGCAUGUUAGCUACCUGUGUGUUUUGUGUACACAAACGCGAGCCGCAGCACGAUGGCAGCUUACUUAAAUCGCACUAUGUCGAUGAUGUCAGGCGAUGGUCCACAUAAUCGGGCGCCGUUGUCCAUGGCAGACCAUCGCUCUGUGCGGGCCGCCCCUGAGAAUUCGCCUUUGCAGAUUUUCGUCAGGGCCAAGAAGAAGAUCAAUGACAUUUUCGUUGAGAUCGAGGAUUACGUAAAGGAUGCUGUUCAAUACAUGCAUGAGAUUGAGAAAGAACAGCAAUUAUUGGACGAGAAGAAAGUAAAGGAAGCGGAACUUUUUGUGACGAAAGUACACGGCAUUCGCGAUGUACUCACCAGAGAUCACAUGAAGGUCGCUUUCUUUGGGCGUACAUCAAACGGAAAAAGUUCCGUUAUUAAUGCGAUGCUUCGGGAUAAAAUUUUACCCAGUGGUAUAGGUCAUACAACAAACUGUUUUCUGCAGGUGGAAGGGUCACAAACCGACGAAGCAUAUUUAGUUCUUGAAGGCUCCGAUAAACAACACAACGUAGAGUCUGUUUCACAACUCGCACACGCACUUUGUAAGGAGAGAUUGAAAGAGAGCGAAAUGGUGCGCGUGUAUUGGCCUCGCAAUCGGUGCCUUCUGCUAAGGGACGACGUUGUGUUUGUUGACUCACCGGGAGUUGAUGUGACGCCAAAUCUUGACGAAUGGAUUGAUAAACACUGCCUCGACGCUGACGUUUUUGUGUUAGUAGCUAAUGCAGAAUCAACAUUAAUGGUCACCGAGAAAAACUUCUUCCAUAAAGUAUCGACACGAUUAUCGAAACCGAACAUUUUUAUACUAAACAAUCGAUGGGACGCAUCUGCAAAUGAGCCGGAAUUUUUAGAUCAACAAUUCGAUGAACAAGCCGAGGUGAGAAAACAACACCAGGAGCGCGCAGUUGACUUUUUAGUGAACGAAUUAAAAGUCUGCACACUGGAAGAAGCUAACCACCGGAUAUUCUUCAUAUCAGCGAAAGAAGCACUCAUGACACGUCUCUCAGAACAAGGACAGAGCCCAACCGUCACCCACGCUGAAGGUUACUUGAAUCGCUACUUGGAAUUCCAGGAUUUCGAGAAGAAAUUUGAAGAGUGCAUUUCUAAAUCUGCUGUUAAAACAAAGUUUGAACAGCAUUCACAGCGUGGUAAGUUGAUAGCAACGGAACUACGAGAAGUCCUCGAUACGCUCUACACUGACGCCCAGAAAUUAAAAGAAGAUAAACUGCAGCAGCGUAAAGAUCUGCAGGAUAAAGUCAACUAUACUGAGCAACAGUUAAUGGUAAUCACACAAGAAAUGAAGCAGAAGAUUCAUCACAUGGUAGAAGAUGUAGAACAGCGCGUUUCGAAAGCGUUGAGCGAAGAAAUUCGACGUUUGAGUAAUUUAUUGGAUGAAUUUAAUCUACCCUUCCAUCCAGAACCACUUGUGCUUAAUGUGUACAAAAAAGAAUUGCAUAUGCAUGUUGAGGCUGGUCUGGGUUCGAACUUACGCGCGCGACUUUCUACAGCGCUGGCGCUUAAUAUGGAGUCGAGUCAGCGCGAAAUGACAGAACGGAUGGAAACACUCAUACCACCGGAGAAGCAUGCUACUUCGAAUUUAAUCCUUCCACGACGGCAACCAUUUGAAAUUUUGUACCGCUUGAAUUGCGACAAUUUAUGCGCGGAUUUCCACGAAGAUUUAGAGUUUCGUUUCUCGUGGGGUAUUACUGCGCUGAUUCAACGUUUUACAGGAACUGGCAAUGCGUUCCUUGCUUUGAAAGGUAAACGCGACAGCCCAAACAAUCACACUAUUAUACCUUCAACGCCGAGUGAAGAGAUCGAUGGUCGUUUGUAUUACCAACCGUCUUCUGUUUCAAUGGAGGAUUGGUCGGUGUUGAGUCGUAUUGCUCUCGCGGGGGUUAGUUCGCAGGGCACUAUGGGAGGUCUCCUCGUUGCUGGUUUUCUAAUGAAGACGAUUGGCUGGAGGAUUAUUGCCGUAACAGGCGCUGUCUACUCCUGUCUGUAUCUCUAUGAGCGUCUUACGUGGACAAACAAAGCCAAAGAGAAAAAAUUCAAGAAACAAUACGUUGCUCAUGCAACACGUAAGCUACGUAUGAUUGUCGAUCUUACAUCGGCGAAUUGCAGUCAUCAGGUGCAGCAGGAGUUGUCUGGUACUUUUGCGCGUUUGUGUCACCUCGUAGAUGAAUCCACACAAGAUAUGGAUAAACAGCUUAAAGAACUUGAAAAGCAAGUUAACUCAUUGGACAUCGCUGGAAAUCGGGCGAAGGUGCUGCGUAACAAGGCGAAUUAUCUCACACAUGAAUUGGAGCUGUUUGACGACGCUUACUUGAAAAUGCACCAUCACUAAUAUUAAUAUCAUUUCUUAUUGUUUAUUUAUUAUUAUUGAUGUUUUUUGACAAGAAACAAAACCGAAACCACCAACUAUUAAGUGUACGGUCACGAAAUGCGAAGUUUGCGUUAUUAUUCGCGAUUGUGAUUGAUACGACACGUUGUAGACAAUGUUAUAAAUUAUGAUAGAGAAAUAUGCGAUUGGGAUGUGUGAAUGUUCUCUAGACGAUCAACAUUUCGACUUUCUGUCUUGUGGUAAUAGAAUAGAGAAGAAUCGAUUUGAACUAAUACAUUGCUAGUCUGUAUAGUUUAAGUAUAACUGAAAAGAAGACAAAAAUUAAGUAUGCAUUCAUUUGCAUAGUGCGAGAAUGACCGGGAAAUGAAGUGAAAUUAUGCCCCCUAUUUGAUUUUAUUACAUUAUAUAGUGAGGGAUUAUGUAUUAUGUUGAACAUUGAGAAAUAAAGUUGCUGUUUAUAAAAAAAAGAUAA